AUGCAAUUAUCAACAAUAAUUGUUUUUGUUAGUCAUACAAUAUUUUGUGUAUGUGCUGAUUAUUCUUCAAAAUAUACAAAUGAUAAUGUUUUGAUGAGAAUGAUGUUUCAGACACGAGAUAAUCACGGUUGCGAUGCGAUUAUUCCGAGUUGUGGUCCAAAGGGUCGAUGUUGCGAUUGGCAUGAUGAAUGCUUUAAGAGAUACGGAUGUCGGGCAAACAGCUGGGGUUGGUCGUGGAUUCCUGGUGUUGCAUUGUUUGAACCAUGUGCUCGAUGCAAUAAAGCUGUUUUAUUUUGUAUUGGUAAUAUAUUUACAUGGCCUGGACCAAGUGAAUGUUGUGGAAAUGGCAACUGUGGACAAAACAGGCCACGAAAAUACCAUAGUCGUAAAAUCAUUGUCUGA